AUGGUUGCCUUGUCUCUGGUAACGUGCGCGGCCGCGGCAUCACUCCCACUCACUCUCCUAACCUCAUACGCUCUACAACCGCUCGCGGACGCACGCCGCGGCCUCCCGCCCGGCCCUAGGCCACUCCCGGUCAUCGGCAACCUGCUUGACAUCGGCGAGAGCCCUCACCGUUCCUGCGCCAGUCUAGCCGACAGCCACGGUCCGCUCAUGUUCAUCCGUCUUGGCACCGUCCCCGCCGUUGUUGCCACCUCGCCGGCGGCCGCCCGCGAGGUGCUGCAGAAAAAGAACGCAAGCCUGGCGGCUCGCCGGGGCCUGGACGCCUGGCGCAUCAUGGACCAUGACGCCAACUCCAUGAUCGCGCUCCCGCCGCGCAGCAAGUGGCGCGCCCUCAGGCAACACACAACGGCGGCGCUCCUCGGCCUUCGCCGGCUUGACGAGGACCGGGCCGUGCGGGAGGAGGAGGUACGCGAGAUGGUGCGCCGCCUGUCCGCGUCCGGCGGCGUCCCUGUGGCCGUUGCUCGCGCUUCGUUCGCGGCCACGGUGGACGUGCUGUGCCGCGGGAUGUUCUCGCAGACACUGGACCCGGCGGUGGUAUCCGAGCUGACGGACGUGGCGAAAGAGGCGGCCGUGCUGUCUGGCAUGCCCAACGUGUCUGACUUCUUCCCGGCGCUCGCGAUGCUCGACCUCCAGGGUAUCCGGCGCAAGGCGGGGAAGCUGCUCGUGUGGCUGUACGCGCUCAUUGACGAGCAGAUCGAGCAGCGGAGGCUCCACCGGGCGGCCGGCUCCGGCCAGGCGCGCAUGAACGACCUGUUGGAUGUGAUGCUAGACAUGGACGGCGAGGUGCAGGACGAGGAGGACGGAUGGGUGAUGAACCAAGAGUCCAUCAGAGGUCUAUUCAUGGAAUUACUCCUGGGCGCGACCUCAAUCCCAGCCACGAUCGAGUGGGCGAUGGCAGAGCUGCUGCAACACCCACACUGCAAGCGCAAGCUUCAGGAGGAGCUCAGAAACGUCCUCGGCACCACCCAAAUGGAGGAGUCCGACAUCUACAGGCUCCCGUACCUCCAAGCCGUCGUCAAAGAGACGCUACGACUCCACCCCCCCGUGCCAUUCGCCACUGGCCAAGCCGAGGAGGCGGUGGAGAUCCAUGGCUACAGCGUCCCCAAGGGCACGACUGCUCUGGUGAACAUUUGGGGGAUAUGCAGAGACGCCGAGGUGUGGGAGGAACCCAACAGGUUCAUGCCGGAUAGGUUCUUGCACAAGGAGAUCGACUAUUUUGGGGCGGACUUUGAGCUCAUCUCCUUCAGCGCCGGGAGGCGGAUAUGUCCCGGACUGCAGCUUUCCAGCAGGAUGGUGCCGCUGAUGCUCGGCUCGAUGCUUUAUCACUUUGACUGGACGCUGUCGGAAGAGGGAGGUGAUCCUCGUGUAGAUAUGACCGAGAGGUUUGGGUUGGUAUUGUCCUUGGACGUCCCGCUAUGUGCUAUGCCUAAGAAAGUAUUCUAG